ACUACCAACUGCCAACAGCCCACACAUAAACAUUAUUACUCCUCCGUGCUCUGCAGUGAUCAGAUCUACAUCUUCUCUUUAUUUUCUGUAAAAUAAGGUUUAUAUGUUAUAUACAUAAUACAUGAUCCAGUUAGAUAGCAGUAUAUAUCUUUGAAUGUGAAGUUAUAUAUUUGUUUGGAUCCUUAUUAGCGUUGCUCCAUUUUUAUGUACUAAAAGCAGAGAAAUUAUGAAUAACCCGAGAUCGGCUAGUCCUUCUGUUUCUCUGGCAACCUCAGAUCUAUUAGACAAGCAACGUCAAUCGAGUCAUGGAGAGUUCACGCGACUAGAGAAACGAAUGGGAGGGAGGAGGAUGACGUUUCACUCCAAGUCUAUGCCUAGAGGUUCCAUGUUUCUUGACAAAGAAGCUUCUAGAAACUCCCACGACAAGAGGUUUGACCUAUUCAGGACCAUGUCAGGGAAGCUCGAACGUCAGAUCUCAAAUUUACGUGGAAAACCCAUUGAAAGAUCGUUGCAUGAGGAAGAGAUCACUGAAUCUCUAACCGCUGAUAGAUUCUUCGACGCUCUUCAUCUUCAAGGCCCUGAACUUGAAACUCUCAAGGAGAAGGAGGAGAUAGUUCUCCCUGAUGACAAAACGUGGCCGUUUCUUCUUCGGUUCCCAAUCACAUCGUACGGGAUGUGUCUUGGAGUAAGCAGUCACGCCAUCAUGUGGAAGACCUUAGCAACCACAGACGCCGAAAAGUUCUUGCACGUGACGCAAGUAGUCAACCACGUGCUCUGGUGGAUCUCUCUCGUCCUCCUCAUCGCCGUCUCCAUCACUUACCUCUUCAAAACCAUUUUCUUCUUUGAGGCGGUGCGCCGCGAGUUCAUGCAUCCAAUCAGAGUCAACUUCUUCUUCGCACCUCUCAUAUCAGUCCUCUUCCUGGCACUUGGGAUCCCACAUUCCAUCACCUCGAGCCUUCCCUCUAUACUUUGGUACUUCCUUAUGGCUCCGGUCUUGUUUCUUGAGAUGAAGAUUUACGGACAGUGGAUGUCUGGUGGACAGCGACGCCUCUCCAAAGUUGCUAACCCUACAAAUCACCUUUCUAUUGUUGGUAACUUCGUUGGAGCACUUCUUGGAGCGUCAAUGGGGUUGAAAGAAGGACCGAUGUUCUUCUUCUCCAUAGGGUUGGCUUAUUAUAUGGUCUUGUUUGUGACUCUGUAUCAGAGACUUCCCACAAACGAAACCUUACCUAAAGAGCUUCAUCCUGUUUUCUUCCUCUUUGUGGCUGCACCGGCCGUUGCUUCCAUGGCUUGGACCAAGAUCUCUGCCUCUUUUGAUCUCGGUUCGCGUCUAGCUUACUUCGCCUCCUUGUUCUUAUGCUUCUCUCUGGUUGUUCGGAUUAACUUUUUCCGCGGAUUCAAAUUUUCGCUAGCUUGGUGGGCUUACACGUUUCCGAUGACGGCCGUGGCCACCGCGACGAUAAAAUACUCAGGGGAAGUCACCGGAGUAGCAACUCAGAUACUGUCGGUUUUAUUGUCGGGAGCAGCAACGCUGACGGUGAUAGGUGUCCUGGUAAUGACGGUGGUGCACGCUUUUGUCAAAUGUGAUCUCUUCCCCAACGAUGUAGCCAUUGCAAUAAGUGCAGAGCAACCGAAGCAGAAGAAAUGGUUCAAACAGCUCAAGGUUUUGGACCCGGAAGAUAAUCAAAUAGAUGUAGAAGCCCCUCCUUUAUUAAAUGCGUAGUGUUACAUGGUUUAGUUAGACCAAUGAUUCAGCUUAGAGGUGUGAAGCAAAGUAUUAAGCAAUUGAUAAUAUACAGGAAAAAUAAGGAUCUAGUCUGUGACAAUGUUGCUGCUUUUGUUAGACUUAAGCUGGGGAGUUUCACUCUCACAAGUACCAUCUUUGAUUCUCAUGUCUUUGACCAGAGCAUGACGCAGGGUUUAGCAAGACGAAUAGUUUUCUUGAAUGUUAUAAUACCAAGUGCAAGCCCCACCUUGGCGAAGACUGUGAUGGAUAUUUUGGUUUCCAUUUUGUUUUUCGGCGGCUCCGGAGAGCUCUUUAUUCGAACGUCUUUGUGCAUUUCUUUUUCCUAGUUGCAUUUCUCUUCAUUUAUCAGGACACAAUUUUUUAUCUAAUUUGAAAGUAUGACAGUGUUUUUAUCUAAUUUGAAAGUACAUGUGACAGUCUUUUUAGCAAAAAUUUUUUUGACAUUGUUAAAAAAAAAAAGCCUAUAAAAUAUUAAAAUAAUCAUAUGGGCCCAUUAUAUGGGUUAGGGUUUUGUUUAUGGUUUCAACUUUCAAGCACAUAUAAAACCGUUUGAGAUAUUUUACCCACAUAAACACAAAACAUUUCAACCACACAAACCCAAAACAUCCCAAGAUUUGAGAUGGAGUUUACAAGAGACGAAGCUUUUGAUCGCGCCCUACUCAGAGACAUUAAAGACAGGGUCUUUUAUUUCUUGAAAAAAGCAUAUGCGAUUGUGAAUGAUCCUUCAACAGAUUCAAUGAUCUUGUGGGGUCCCAACGGCAACAGUCUCAUAGUGCAUAGACCUCUUCCCCUAGAAUAUACCGAAUCCUUUCUUUUCCACUCGGGAGCUCUAAGCAUGGAGAGAUUUGUAGCUUAUGGUUUUACAAUGACUGUCUCUGGAUCACAAGUGGAAUAUGCAAAUGAUGAUUUUGUGAGAGGUCAACCCCAACGUUUAGGAAAGAUAUGCGACCCCUUUGUGGCAAGGGUGAAACAAGAUAUAGAGUUGCGGUUUAAACAAGAUAAUGAUCGAAAGCGCCACUGGGAAGAGCUCCGUAGUUAUGGGAUGGUCGUUGAACUCUUCAAACAUAUAUAUUCAGUGGUAGAUGAUCCUGCAACGAACUCAUUCAUCUCGUGGGGACCCAAUGGCAAGAGUUUCAUAGUGCUGGAUCCUCAAAGAUGUGCCUGUUAUUGUUUCCCCUACAAUUUACUUGAAGAAUGUGGCUUUACAAAAACAGUGUCUGGAUCACAAGUGGAAUUUGCAAGUGAAAAUUUUGUGGCAGGCAAACCCGAGCUUAUAAAGAAGAUAAGUGAAAAGCAUAAGCCAGCGAUGAUUGCAUAAACUAAGAAAUUUAGGGAGCGUAUGGAGGCUUUUAGUCGAAAUCCUGCCAUGGAGAAGAGGACUGAUUACGUUUUGCAAGCAAGCAAGCUCUCAUGACUAAUGAAUAUUAAGUAAAAAAUGGGACUUUGCAAAUGCUGAGCAUCAUGUUGGACUCUGAUGAUCGGGUCUUAAUGAAUUCUGGCUUUAUGAAAUAAUGUUUUGACUCAUAAAAAUACAUUAUGAGAGAAUGUAAACUUUUUUUAAUCUCUGUCAGUUCAGAAACUCUUGAAAAUCUGUUUGGUGUAAUCAGCGCCGGACCAACCUUUUAUAUUGCCCCAAUCAAAAUUUAAAACUAUGCCUUCAUA